AUGUCAAUUGAUGACAAGCCUGCCCCCCUCAGAAUUGUGAUCAUCGGCGCUGGAAUCGCUGGUCUCAGCGCGGCCAUUGCGCCGAGCAAACAGGGACAUCGUGUCGUCGUCCUUGAAAAGCCCAGAUUUUGCCAGAGAAACGGGGGCAGCUAUCCAUGUACCCCGAACUGCACGGCGCUGUUACAAAGCAUAGAUGUUGACCCCAAGGAUUUUGGGGGAACACUACUUGAACAGGAAUGGUACCUUGUCCACCGCGUCAACCUACACAACUGCCUCAAAGAACGUCUCCACCAAACCACAGCUACCCUCCACCUAGGCUGUAAAAUCACCAACAUCAACAUCGAAAGCGACCAACCCUUCGUGACACUAGAAGUCGAGCGCGAGUUCACCUGUGACCUCUUGCUCGGCGCAGAUGGUCUUCACUCCAUCCUCCGCAAUCACAUCAUCCCCAACUUCCCUCCACCUUACCCAGUAGGCAAAUCUGUCUUCCGCUGGCUCCUCCCAACAGAAGAUAUGAAAAACAACCACACCACAAAAAACGUCGUUGGAGACCCAGGCGUAUUCGUCGAAUGGGCAGCCGACGACCGCCGAGUCGUCGCCUACCCCUGCUCAAACAACAAAAUCUCCAACCUAUGCGGAUACCGUGAAGCCGCAGGCGACAAAACGGCCCUCGCAAACGGAUUCGCUGGCUUCGCGCCUUCCGUCCGCAGGUUAAUUGAUACUGCGGGCGACGACCUCAAGGUCUGGGAGCUGUUUGAUAUGGAAAAGCUUCCUACUUGGGUGAGGGGCAGGGCUGCUUUGGUAGGUGAAUCGGCGCAUCCGUUUCAGCCGUAUAUGGGUCAGGGAGCUGCGAUGGCCAUUGAGGAUGCUCUGAGUAUCACUACGCUGCUGCCGCUUGAUACGAAGGUUGAGGAUAUUCCGGCGCGGCUGGCGUUGUAUGAGAAGACGCGCCAGCCGCGGGUGGAUUUUGUUUUGAAGUAUACGCGGUUGAAUGGUGCUGAUGAGAAUGAUCCUUCUGUGCAGCGGAUGACUGCUACUAAGAUGGUUAAGGUUAUGGGGAUUUGCUUUCCUUAUAAUGAGAUUGAGUAUUCUCGGGUGCUUUUGGAGGAAGAAAGGGGAUGUUAG